CGGACACAGCGGUACCGUUAGUCGCACAGUAACUGCCUGCGAGGAGGCGACCGGCACCCCCCCGUCCCCUCCCCUCCCCUCCCCUACCCUACCCUCCCCCCGCCCGCGCUGCCCCUCCGCUGCUCCGCUCCCCCCGAUUCGCAGCGACUGCGCGGCGGUGGCGGCGGCGGCGGCGGCGGCGAUACCAUGUCCGCCAGACCGGGCUUCUACCGGCAGGAGCUCAACAAGACCGUGUGGGAGGUUCCCGAGCGGUACCAGAACCUGACCCCCGUGGGCUCGGGGGCCUACGGCUCCGUGUGCUCAGCGUACGAUGUUCAUCUGCGCCAGAAGGUGGCCGUGAAGAAGCUCUCGCGACCGUUCCAGUCCCUCAUCCACAGCCGCCGCUCGUACCGGGAGCUGCGUCUCCUCAAGCACAUGAAGCACGAGAAUGUGAUAGGACUGUUGGAUGUCUUCACGCCCGCCUCCUCCCUGGAGGACUUCAACGAGGUGUAUCUGGUGACCAACCUCAUGGGCGCAGACUUGAACAACAUCGUCAAGUUCCAGCGGCUCUCGGACGAACACGUGCAGUUCCUCAUUUACCAGCUUCUCCGCGGCCUCAAGUACAUUCAUUCAGCUGGACUCAUCCACAGAGACUUGAAGCCAAGCAACGUGGCUGUCAAUGAGGACUGUGAGCUGAGGAUUCUGGACUUUGGGCUGGCCAGGCAGACGGACGAUGAGAUGACGGGAUACGUGGCGACUCGCUGGUACCGAGCGCCCGAGAUCAUGCUGAACUGGAUGCACUAUAAUCAGACAGUGGAUAUCUGGUCAGUGGGCUGCAUCAUGGGAGAGCUGCUGAAGGGGAAGGUUUUGUUUCCUGGCAACGACUAUAUCGACCAGCUGAAGAGGAUCAUGGAGGUGGUGGGCACGCCAAGCCCAGAGCUUCUGAAGAAGAUCUCCUCUGAACAUGCGCAGAAGUACAUCCAAUCGUUACCCUACAUGCCCCAGCAGGACUUGGAGAAGAUCUUCCGGGGGGCCAAUCCACUGGCUGUGGAUCUUCUUAAGCGCAUGCUCGUGCUGGACUGCGACGGGCGGGUGACGGCAGCUGAAGCCCUUGCGCAUCCUUACUUUGCGCAGUACCACGACCCUGACGAUGAGCCCGAGGCCCCGCCGUACGACCAGACUCCUGAGAGCAAGGACCGCACCCUGGAGGAGUGGAAAGAGCUCGUUUUCGAAGAAGUGAAGAGUUUCAAAGCCCCCGGCAGUAAGCAGGAGAGCCUGCAGGUGGAGCAGUGAGAGCGUGGCAAGCCCUGCACCUUUUUGUACUCUCGCCUCCGCGUUCGCAAGGCCCCUCCUCUUCGGCUGGUGGUCAGUGGAGCGUGGCGGGGAAGGACCGAAGAGAAAGGAUACGGCAUCCCUUUGGCAUGACUUCUCCCCUCUUUAACUGUCCGUCCAAAUGUUGACUAACAGAUGCAGCUGUGGAGCCAGAAACUGAGCUGAUAUGUGAGAUUCUCCUUGCCAUGGGGACUGCUAAAUUUGCUGUCUUUUCCUCUUAUCAUCGUUUUUAUUAUUUCUCUGUUGUUACAGAGAGGGAGUAGAGGCAAAGUGUUUUAAUUAGUAAUUAAGUCCAAAAUCACAAUCAUACAUAUGAAGGGUGCCCUUUUGAUGCAAAAUUUCCAAUGCAGAUUUUUGGUUAAUUUAUACUCGGUAUUGCAGUGCCCAUAGGGUAAAAAAAUUCGUGAAGACUCAAAACUCCCGACCAAGACAGAUGCCCCAAGCGCUUAAUGUCAUAUCUGAGCCUCUGCCUGUUCUAUAAAGUGUGGUCAUGUUCAGCAUUGUGAAUUUGAAGGUGGUCGAACCCUGUUCAGAGAAGGUGAUUAAAUGCAACGUGAAUUUGGGUGGGAAAGCAAGUGCUGCAACGCUGUGUGUUAAACACACUGCAGACAUACCCAGGUAGUAGCGAUCAACCCUAAAGGACUCAGUGGUGUUUGGUCUUCCGCUCACUUAAGUGUCACACACCUGUUCCAUUUGGACAUCUUUUCCUGUGUAGCUCCCUCACAUUCUAUGCACAGAUAUGCCCUCCCCCUGCACCCCUUCAUUUGGGCUACUCGCAUGUCUUUCAUGAGCGAUGGGGUCUUGUGUCCAGCUCUACGCAACUGCGGGCACUUACUGUCCAAAAUACUGCAACAGUCACCAUACUGCUGGUAUACCUGCUCUUCCAUGUCCUCAAUAAAGUGCU